AUGUUCACCUAUCCUUGUCUCUCAGUGUUUGCAUGGGCUCUCAGCCUGGUUGCUACCUCUGCUUCUCCAACCUCGGGCCUCACGUUCAGCAGUUACAAUGACGCUGGCUUGACAGAGGCCGAAACGCUCCGGAUUCUGCGCCGCGCCCUAUCUACGUCCGGGACUGACGAGACAGUCAACCUUUUCGACGAGACCCUCGAUAAAAGCUGGGAUGGUGCAACGCUAUUUGCCAUCACUAUGGACGCGGAGGAGGAUGUGUCGAGUAAACGGAGUGUCAAUAGCUCACUCGAUACUCAAUACGGUGUCCAGAUUGUUUGUACUACUUGCUACAUCGCUGGGAGAGUUAGCGGACAGCUCACCCGCAACACCGACUUCAACAUCACAGAGCUCGAGGAUAGUGCCAUAGACAUGGUCAAGAACAUUACCGAGGAAGCCGGAGAGGCCAUAAAGGACCUAGCGGACGGCAACGCCAACUAUACAGAGAUCAACUUCAAUGUCGAGGUCCCCAGCUUUCCAGAUUUCGACUACCGGCUCCAGUUCCGCUUCGACGACCUGGAGCUCUACAUGAAGCUUGACACCGUCCUCUCCGUCGAAUCCACCUACACGAUCAAUCUCUACACAUCAGAGAGCCCAGUGGGAUACAGCCUAGGCGACAAGUUAGAGAUUGGUGCCUUCUUUACCGUGGAUUUGAUCCUGACUGCCGCCGCCGAGGUCGAUAUCAGCAGCGGCGUGCAUAUCAAGGUCGAUGGAGCGGGCAUUAAUCUGCAGAUGUUCAACAGCAGCGUUGACAGCAUAACACUUGAUGGCGGCAAGUUUGAAUUCCUACCGGUGAACGUCGCAGGUGCUGGCUUUGUGCUCACAGGCGCGCUCCGCGUGGGUCUCCAUGCCGGCAUCACCUUCGACCUCGACACGUCCGUCUCGAUUGCCAACCACACGCUCGGCGCCUCGGCGGGCUUGGAGGCCGGGGUUUUUGCCAACAUUGCCGAGUUCGUGGCCAACGUCACCUACGACAGCAGCGGCGACGACGACGGCUGCGAGCUGGCCCUCGUCGAGUCCUUCACCAUGGGCCUCGGGGCCGCGGCAGGCGCAUCGGCCGCGUUCGACGGGACCACAUGGGGCCCGACGCCCGAGACGGAGGUUCCCAUCUGGUACACGGAGCUGGGAUCAGCCUGUGCGGCGCACCGGAGCUCCUCCUCGACCACGACAAGUGCGACAUCAUCGGCGCCGCCCAUCACAGCCAGAGAUGCGACGGGCGGCGACCUGUCCCUCACGCUAGCCACAAUCACCACCGAGACGACUUCCUCCGGCGUGGCCUGCAUCUCGCCCGGCUUGAUCAACUGCCCCGUGUCUCUGCAGACCACCAAGACCUUCACCGCGACUCUGACCUCGACCACCUCAGUGCCGUAUGGUUCCGAGGCCACCUGGCCUGCGACGACCACCCAGACGCCCGUGAGGACCGUUGCUUUCGGGUCCAAUGCCAAAGCCCUGUCCGCGACGACGGGAAGUCCAGUCUCUUACGUCCCCCCUCCGCCACCACCGUCCUCGUCGUCGUCUUCUUCUUCGACAUCCAGCGCGACUGCUUCGGCAGGCCACGAGAGUCACAACGACCACAAACCACUAAUCAUCGGUCUAUCCGUCGGAUUGGGCGUUCCCGCGCUCGCCGUCGUCGUCGGGUUGGCAGUGUACUUGCUAAGGCGCUGGCCGAGGUACACGCCCUUGGUCUUGCAAAAGGCCGAACAGAGUCACGUCACCGAAGAACUCCAGCCGGCGGACUCGCAGCAUGUCCAGCAGGUGAUGCUCAAGAGGAUGACGACCGUGGAAGUGGAUGAGACUGAUCGAGUGAGUGCUUUGAGUGAGUAA